CGUAAGCCGCGACCCGCAUUCUCUUGCAUGGAAGUUUGGUUUUUGUUUUGUUGCGUUUAAUUAUUAUUAUUUUAAUGGUACUAUAAAAAGUAUAUAAGGAAAAAUGCGCAUAACAAACGUAAGACGCGGUAGAAUUAUUCGUAUGACAGCCAUUGGUGCGGUUCUUUUAAUUUUAUUAUACGCAAUACAUUCUUAUUCUUAUGUAAAUGUCGACGUUGAUUCAAACGAUAUUGAAAUAUCAGAUACUCAGCCGAAUUAUCAAAAGUUUCAUAGAGAUGUAUAUCCAAAAUUGAAAACCGAACUUGGCAACUUUGAACCAAAAACAGUAUGGACUGUGAAAGGGCCAGGAGAAGCGGGUAUGCCUUAUCACAUGUCUCAGGAUCGUGCUAAUGAUAUUGCAGAAUCUGAAAGUGAAUAUGGCAUGAAUAUAGCUGCCUCUGAUGAUAUUGCAAUGAACCGGUCCAUUCCAGACACACGACUAGAUGAGUGCAAGUAUUGGCACUAUCCACAAGAUUUACCAACUACAUCUGUUAUCAUAGUGUUUCACAAUGAGGGCUUCACUGUCCUCAUGCGAACCGUUCACACUGUGAUCGAGCGAUCACCACCACACGUAUUACAUGAAGUCGUUUUGGUAGAUGACUUCUCUGACAAGGACAACCUCAAAGAAAAUUUAGAUAAUUAUAUAAAAAGGUGGCAUGGUAAAGUUCGACUCAUCAGAAAUACUCGGCGAGAGGGUCUCAUUCGUACCCGAUCAAGGGGUGCAAAAGAAGCUACCGGUGACGUCAUUGUAUUCCUAGAUGCCCAUUGUGAGGUCAAUGUAAAUUGGUUGCCUCCGCUUCUCGCCCCAAUUUAUAGGGAUUAUAGAAUUAUGACGGUCCCAGUAAUUGAUGGCAUCGACCACAGAACAUUUGAAUAUAGACCGGUAUACCAGCACGGAACAAAUUACCGAGGUAUAUUUGAAUGGGGAAUGCUCUACAAAGAGAACGAAGUUCCAGACAGAGAAGCAAAUCUGCACAAACAUAAAUCCGAACCCUACAAAAGUCCAACGCACGCUGGUGGUCUUUUUGCUAUUAAUAGACGAUACUUCUUAGAGAUUGGCGCAUACGACCCUGGACUCUUGGUUUGGGGUGGAGAAAACUUCGAAUUGAGUUUUAAAAUUUGGCAAUGUGGUGGAAGUAUUGAAUGGGUACCAUGCUCCAGAGUCGGCCAUGUAUACCGGGCUUUCAUGCCAUACUCCUUUGGAGAUUUAGCGAAAAAUCGCAAAGGAUCCCUAAUAACUAUUAACUAUAAAAGGGUGAUUGAAACAUGGUUUGAUGAGGAACAUAAAGAAUUCUUUUACACGAGAGAGCCCAUGGCUAGGUUCUUGGAUAUGGGAGACAUAAGUGCACAGGUGGCAUUGAAAGAAAAGUUGAAGUGCAAAGACUUUGGAUGGUUUAUGGAAAAUGUGGCGUACGAUGUUUAUGAUAAGUUUCCUAAACUACCUAAAAAUGUUCAUUGGGGCAUGGUUAAAAAUAAAGCAGCGGGUCUUUGCUUGGAUACUAUGGGAAAGGCAGCUCCAGCAUAUAUUGGCACUACAACAUGUCACGGAUCUGGUAACAAUCAAUUAUUUAGACUAAACGAGGCAGGCCAGCUUGGUGUUGGAGAAAGGUGUGUUGAAGCAGAUAAGGAGAGUGUGAAACAGGCAAUUUGCAGACUUGGCACUGUUGAUGGACCAUGGAGGUAUGAUGAAGACCACAACCAUUUAAUACAUCGUCUCCACAGCUAUUGCCUUACCUUACAACCUAACUCAAGAACACUGGGCCUAGCUCCGUGUGAUCCCAACAACACAUUCCAACAAUGGACGAUCACACAUAAAAAGCCUAAUUGGUGAAUAUAAUUUUUUCGUUUUUUAUAAGAAAAAAUAAUAUUAUAAUGUGGUAAUUCUCAAAGUAAUAAUUGAUAUAUUUUUUCAAACAAUAACUAAAUAUUUAUUAUCUUGUGCAAGUAAAAACAUGAUGUAUGUCAAAAUGACUUAAAUUUUUGUAACUUGAUUAAAUUAAAUAAAAAAAAAUUAAAUAAUUUAAAUUUCAAUAAAUUAAAAAAAAAUGUUUACAAGAAAAUACUGCCUGUAUUGAUAACAGCAAUAACAUUAGUGUACUUAUAAAAAUUUAGUCUAGUAAACAUUUCAAUAUAAUAUGUACGGAAGUAAAUAUUUAUGUCUAUGACAUCAUUACACUAUAACGUCAUUCUCCCAUUGAUACUAAAAUAAGUAAUUGGUAUUAAUAGAUAUUAUUACUUUCCAAAAAACUAAAUUGUUUGUUGAGGAAAACUUAUGAAAAUAUACUACUAGUAUAAAAUAGUAGUCUUCAGAACGGUGCUUAUCAUUUAAAAAACAUCGCCUUUACUAAUAAACAUUGUUUAGCAGGUGUUUAGUUAAACACCAUAUUUCUUUCUGCCAUCAUUGAUUUGACAUUCGAAAGAAGAAGACACAACAUUGCUUAGUUAACUGUCAUAAAUUAAAACUUAAUUAUUCAUUUUGUCACAAAUUACGUCAUCAAAUGUUUUCAUGUUAUAUAACCUUAUUGACCAUAAAUGCUUAAUAUUAAAUAAAUUUCCUACCUCGGAAAAUAGAUUCAAAGUGAUAGUUAUAAAAUGAGUUGAAAUAAUGUAACACUAAAUAUAACAUUUGUUAGUAAAUGUUAUAGUGUUAAAUAAUCAAUAAUGUUUUAAAAUAUUUUAUAACUACAGUAUGUCAGCAUCCUCAGGCCGUAAAGAUUUAUUUCCUUGAUAAACAUAAAAAUGUAUGUUUGUUUUCGACAUUUGUACAUUUUAUUGUUUGUAAAUUUUAUUGAAACGAGCGUAUUUGUAUUACUUACGUUAUUAUACAUUAUUUAAUAUUUAUUUAAACUAGACUAUCGAAUGUUUCAAAAUUGUGUCUCGAAAGAUAUUUUGUAUAUAUUUCAUGAAAUUAAAACUAGUUUAUAAGGUUUAUAUUAAUUGAAUGAGAUUUUCAAAAAGACAUUCGAAAUUAUGUAC